CAGUGGUUAACCCACCAUGACACAAUCAAAAGGCUCGCACGGCAGAAUCUUCUUAACUUUCCCCAUCUUUUCUUGUGCUUCGAUCAUAUCUAAGCCCACCCGCCUCAACAAUUCCCUAUUUAUUUAAUUCCAAUUUAAAUUAACUAUUUAAAUUCAAACAUCGUAUCUUUGAUGAAGCUUUUUUCCUUUCCAUCAUCAAUCCCAACCCAAAGCUCUGAUUCCAAAAAAAACAACUAACUCCGACGACAUGUUCUUCUUCUUCCUCCUCCUCUUCCUUCUCUCUCUUUCCCGCCCUUCCUUUCCCGCCACAACCCCUGCACCACCGCCAGUCACUUCAACUGUCAUAACCGUCGAUGCCCAUAUCGCCACGUGGCACGACUUCGCCAAGUUCCUAGACGCCGGGAAGGGCAGCCACGUCAGCGGCAUGUGUGAGCUCAAGAGGUACUUCAACCGUUUUGGUUACCUCCCGAUACCCGACAACAACUUCACCGAUGUCUUCGACACCCAGUUAGAAUCGGCGGUUGUUCUUUACCAGAAGAAGCUCGGAUUGCCGGUCACCGGAAAGCUCGACUCCGAUACCAUAUCGGCUAUCAUGUCGCCCAGGUGCGGGAUGAGCGACACCUCGCAUGCGUUGCAUAAGACCCGUCACUUCGCGUAUUUUUACGGUAAGCCUCGGUGGCUCCGGUCGCCGCCGAUGAUGCUGACGUACGCUUUCUCCCUGGACGACAUGAUUGAUUACCUGAGCUUGUGGGAGAUUCGGACGGUCUUUCGGCGUGCCUUCUCGCGGUGGGAAUCGGUGAUUCCGGUGAAUUUUACCGAGACGGGGGAUUACCAAUCGGCGGAUAUUCGAAUCGGGUUUUAUCGGGGGGAUCACGGUGACGGGGAGCCGUUUGAUGGGGUGCUGGGAGUGCUGGCGCAUGCUUUCUCGCCACAGAACGGGAGGCUCCACCUGGACGCAGCGGAGACGUGGGCCGUUGAUUUCAAAUCAGAUAAGUCCAAGGCGGCCGUUGACUUGGAAUCAGUGGCUACACAUGAGAUUGGUCAUGUACUUGGGCUAGCGCAUAGUUCGGUGCGGGAGGCUGUAAUGUAUCCAAGCCUGAGCCCUCGGACUAAGAAGGUUGACCUCAAGAUUGAUGACGUGGAGGGCGUCCAGGCACUUUAUGGGUCAAACCCUAAUUUCAAAUUUAGCUCUUUGUUGGAGUCGGAAAAUUCUCUUAACCAAGCCAAUAUUGGCCCAGACUCAAGAUUCUCUGACUGGACCAUUCAUUUGGCACUCUUGUUAUAG